UCGUCGUUGCAGCAUCCCGAUCUCCACGCCCCUGACGUCUUCCUCCCAUCUUUUUCUCAUCCUUCGUUUUAUUUUAUUAUACUAUUUGUUAAUAUAAAAAAAAUUCAACCCAAAACCAGACCAAAACUUCCUGUUCCUAUAUAAAUCCCAAACCAAAGCCUCGUCAUCCAAAAACAUCCCUACUUCCUUUAUCUUCUCUCUCUAGAGAGACUCUCUCACACUGUCCUGCUUUGCUUCCGUAAAUACGCUUGUAAUUUCUCUCUUUCUUUCUUGUUUCCGUCAUGGCGGAAGUUUCUGUUUCCGGCAACAACAAGAGGUGCCGAGAGGAGGAGUUGGCGGAGUCGCCGGAGGCGAAGCGCUUACACGCUGACUUCCUUCGCGAUAUCCUCGACGACGAUGAGGAUGAUGCCAACUCCGGCGACCGGGACCAGGCCACCCAGGACCUGGCCUCCGUAAUGAAGAGCCUCGAGGAGGAAAUUUCCCUCCCUCCUCCUCCUCCUCCGGGGACGGCGGAAUCGGCGUCGGAUGUUGGCGAAACGCCGCGCCUGGCCGAACUUGGGUAUCUUCUGGAGGCGUCGGACGACGAGCUCGGCCUUCCGCCUGUGGCCGCGUCGGUGUCGUCGUCGCCGGAGCCGGUGGCCACUGGGGCAGCCGAUGAGGAGGAGGCAGCGGAGGGCGCCGGGUUCGGGCAGAUCUGGAGUUUCGAUGACGAGAUUUCGGGGUGUUACGAUGUGCUUGGAUUCGGAAUCCGGCCGGCGGAUGAGGACGGCGUGGUUUUCGACGACGGGUUGUUCGAUUAUGCCGACGUGUUGUUCUCUGGGCCGUCCGAUUCCUCUUGGAAAGCGGAAUCUGUGCCGGCCAUCUGAUGGACCUCUCUGUUUUUUUUUUACCUCUGUACAACGCCCUGUAAAUUUCUGAAAGGAAAAGGUCAGAAGGAAACAAAGAACUUGUGCAAAAGUAAACGUAGUUGGCUUUACAAUUUUCCUUUUUUUAUAUAUAAAAAAAAAAGCUUUGUGGAUUGACGAAA